CUGAUCAUUUUCUCAUUCCUCAAUCCUCAGUCGUCACUCGUCACUAAGUCGUUUCGCGUUCUUUGAUAAUCGGUGUCGUGCGUCGUUUCUUCACUUUGUUUAUCUAGAGCGCGAACAUUUUAGCUUAAUAAACUUAAAAAUAAAAAUAAAAAAUUGAGUUUAUUGCUGUUUCUUGAAGUAAUUCUAUUAAUAAACAUUAAUUAUGUCUGCUUUACCUAUCGUAUCAAUAACCAGAAGAGAAACUUUCAGUUCCUGCCACCGAUUGCAUAGCCCUUUUUUAAGCGAUGAAGAAAAUAAGAAACUGUAUGGAAAAUGUAAUAAUCCAAAUGGACAUGGUCACAACUAUGUUGUGCUUGUUACGGUAAAAGGGCCAGUGGAUCAGCAAACAGGAAUGGUGAUGAAUGUGCAUGAUCUAAAACAGUACAUGCAACAGGCUAUCAUGGAUCCAUUAGAUCACAAAAAUCUAGACCAAGAUGUACCAUAUUUCAAAGCUGUGGUCAGUACCACUGAGAACCUGGCUAUUUUCAUAUGGGAUUCACUUCAGAAGGUGAUGCCGAAACCUCAGCUUUUGCAUGAAGUAAAAAUAUUAGAAACUGAAAAGAACCAUGUUGUCUACCGCGGUGGUACUACUUUCCCUCGCAAAAAAUUCGACUCAUCCAGCUUACACCCUGGAAACCAUAACCAUGUUUCUUCAGACUCCGAUUAGAAUAUCAAUUGACUGCAUACUUACAAGGAAUUUUGAAUCUAAUAUUUUUAUAUAUACAGGGGCCAUUCCAUUUCAUACUAGCUUUAUAAGUGUUGCCAGAUAAAAUUUAUGAUAUAUUUUUACAAUUAAGGUAAAAACUAAGGAUAAUUCGCGAUGAUGUAAGGAUUUGUUACGCGCACAGUAAUAUUUAGAAGUUUAUUCUUGCCAAAAUUAUUUAUCUGGUUGCAAGUUGCACUUGUUAUGCACAUCAACACA